CGGCGUUUCGUUGUGAUCGACCCGAUAAAACGAGCAUAGUGCGAGUGUACGACCGUGUAUUUACGUUGCAUGUUAUUCGGCGGCAGCGCCACGCGAUAAUACCACCAAACUCCGCGAUUUCGUAUCGUGCGUGUGCAUGUGCGUGUGCGUGUGCGUGUUUGUGUGCGCGCGCCGAACACUAGCUGCGAGGUAACGGCAUCCCUUAUGUCGAAAAACAGGAGGAUAUUUCAUCAGCAAUAUUUUUACCACGCACUGUUUUUUAAACAUUCCUACAUCCCUCCCCGUGCCGUGCCGCCGCCGUCGCGCAGACACACCGCAUACCUAUCCCGGUGUACAUUUCUUUCACAAAAACGAACAAUAAUAAUCCACGCCGUUUCCGGUGCGUCGUGUCGUGCGUGUAGAGUGGUAUUUUAUUGUACAACAUAAUAAUAAUGUAUAAUACAGCAUUAUAAUAUAUAGUGCACGUCGUAUAACAUGGCCGAGGACACCCGUUAAAACCGCACUCAGCGGCGCUGCAGCGGCAGCACAUACUACGCGCGCGUAAGACGGCCACCCGGUUUCUUCCCCUCUCCGCGGGUCACAUUAUUCCCCCGCACACCCUGACGACGACCCCUCCACCGUCGUCGGUCGUCGGUCGUAGGACGACAACGGCGCGCACAGGUAAAACGCCCCCGGAAAAACGAAUUCGGACAAGUGGGGAGGGGAGCCCUCCCCGCCUAAGGCCCAAUUGCGCCGUGCAUGUCCCGUCUGCAGUGAUCGGUGCAACGGUUGCGGCGCAGAUCCGGUCCAUCGGCGCGUAUAUUCGAAAUAAAAACCAUCAACAACAUCAUCAACAACAACAACAACAACAACAACAACAACAACACAACAGCAGCAGCAGCAGCAGCCGUAAACAACAAUAACGUCGGCGCACCAGCGGCAGCAGCAGAAGCAAAAGAGCCAAAACACGCGGUGCGCGCGUACACAAAACGCCACGCCGCCGCCGUCUACGAGUAGCAGCAGCAGCAGCAGCACCAGCAGGCCUGUCGGCUGUGCCACGCUAUUAUAACUUCGGUACGGCCGUCCACGUUUAGACGUUUAGUGUUGGAACUGCCCCGGUGAGCAAGCGAACGGCAAGGCGGCGGCGCGCUGCGACCCGCGCGCGCACAAACACACACACACGCAAGCGCGCGAUCGGCGCACGCACACACACACACACACAGCCACGAUAUAUAUUAUUAUAUCAGUAGUGCUCUAUCGCAAAAAUGACAGGAAGACGAAUUGUGGUAAUGGCCAGACAUGGCGAAAGCGAAUGGUCUAAAAACAACGUGUUUUGUGGGUGGUACGAUUCACAUUUGUCUGAUCGAGGUAUGAAUGAAGCUAUCGAAUGCGCAGAAUUGUUGAAACAAUCAAAUUAUAAAUUCGACAAAGCUUAUACAUCUUUGUUGACUAGAGCUCACCAAACUUUAAACAUAAUCACUCAAACCAUUGGUCAGCCAAAUCUACCAGUAGAAGAAUCAUGGAGACUAAACGAAAGACAUUACGGAGCUUUGACUGGAUUUAAUAAAGCUGAAGUAGCUGAAAAAUAUGGCGAAAAUCAGGUACAAAUUUGGAGACGAAGUUUUGAUGUUCUUCCACCAGUGAUGGACAAGUCACAUGCAUAUUAUAUGGACAUUUGGUGUCACCCAAAAAUCGUGGCUCACUCAUACACCACAAGUGAAAAAUUCCCUUCUACUGAAUCACUCAAAGAGACAAUGGAGAGGGUUAUACCUUAUUGGGAUGAUUUCAUUGUGCCUAAUAUUAAACGAGGACAACGAAUUUUAAUCGUUGCCCAUGGUACAGUUUUGCGAAGUCUUGUCAAGUACUUAGAUGGAGUAUCAGAUAAUGAUAUUUGCUCAAUAAACAUCCCUUCGGGUAUUCCAUUCGUUUACGAAUUUGAUGAUGAUAUGAAAGUUUUGUCUUCGAAACAAUUUUUGGGUGAUAAAAAACGAAUCGAAGAAGGAAUAGCAAGAGCUGCAUCAAUCGGUUCUCAUUAAACUGCCAAAUUAUGAAAUCGACUUCAGCAAAUGACUAUUUUUAAUCUGGAAUUUUGUCAGAUAUUUGCUAAUUAAUUAUUAUGUUUUAUUUAAUUUUAUAAGUUAAUUUUUAAAUAUAUAAUUAUUGAUAAACUAUUCUUUUUAUAAUAAAAUAUAGUAUUAAUAAUUUAAUGAAAAAUAUUUAUUUGUGAGUUAAAUGUAUUGGAGAUAAGUAAAACGCAUGAGCGAAAAUCAAAAUAUAGUUUUCUAUAAAUUAUAAAAUAAA